UAAUUGCCACAACCGACCGACAGGGCGGCGCAGUAGCGCACACGCUAUUUUCACCAAUUGCGAUGGUCGUGGGGGAAGAGCGGACGGCGGGAGAGGAGGCGUCGUUGGGGCUAGACGAAGAAGCGCACUUAACAAGCGAACAAUCGGUUUUGGCUUACGAUGAUAUUGACUUUAGUUCGCCGUCACCGUCAGUGUUGACGGACAGCGGUAGUUCAAAUGUCAGUGCUGACCAACAACAACAACAACAUCCGACACUGUUGCCCU